UAGGGGGGAAAUCAGCCCUGUGGCAGCUACCCCCCGCUGGCUGCAGCUUCUCUCUGGGGCCUCCCUGGCGUGCUGAGCGGGGAGCCGAAGGAUUCACACAGCAGGCUGCUAAAUCCGGAGUCAGUGGCCUGAGGGUCCGCGCUAUGAUGGAGGCUACUAGGAGCCGCAGGGCUGAUGAGAUGGAAGCUCCCCCAGCUCCCUGGCUGCAGAGGUUUGACAAGCCUUCCCGUCUCCUCCUCCACAUGUUGACGUGUGGGGCGCUGGCUGCCUUCCGAGCCCUCCAGCGCAUCUGGGCCUGCGACGCGCUGGGGCAGGCGUUCCAUUGGCAGAUCUUCACCGAGACCUUGUGUGCUGAAGAGCCCGUGCUGCGAGGGCCCGAGAGGACCCUCACCCUGAGACCAAUACUGCUGCUACUUCCUGUGCUGUGCCAGAGAAAUCUUUUCUCCUUGCUACACAUGGUGCAGGGCAGCGUGCCAAAGGACUGCCUCAGCCAGCUGCUUCAGGCUACCAGGAAAGAUCCCAGCCCAGACCUUUGGGUGCAGGCCCUGCGGGAUCUACUUCAGAGGGGGCUGAGAGAAGAGAAGAGCUGUUGGACACCAGUUCCGCUGACAGACACGUGCCGGCAGCAGCUUAAAACUCUGUGCCAGAAGAUUGUGGGUGGCACUCGGAGCAAACUGGACUUGGAAAGGAAAUGGAGCUGGUUCAUUCAAGAGCAUCCAAGCCCUGAACUCUGGCUGGCUGGGGAUGCCACCAACUCAGCAUCUCAGCUUAGGAAGCGCAAGCAAGUAGCUGAGGAAAGUCUGGACUCCGAGGGGGAGAGGCAGAGGAAAAGGUCCCGGUUGGAAGAGGAGGAGUUAGACCUGGAACCUCUCGCAGGAGGCGCCUUUGUGAAAGGAGUUGGUGCUAGGGAGAAUGAGAUUGGUAUAGAGGCAUCCGGACAUGGGUCCAUUCACAGUCAAACCAGGGGGGCCAAUGAAAAUACCCAGCCGGACGCCAUCAUGGAGACAAGAGAGGCCAGUCAGGGUUCCCAGCAGGAUGCAGCAGCAAAAGUCCCUGAUUUUAUGCAGAUGCACCUGCCUAGACUGAAGAUGCUGCUAGAGAUGGAGUCCAAUCAAACAGAUGGGACUGCCCCUCCUGAACUGCAGAUCCUGAACGAAUGCACCCCUGGCCAGCUGGAGGGACUGUGCUCAUUACUCCAGCUCUCAGAGCGUCCGGAACAUGUCCUCGUACGUUUCUGCACCUGGCUGCUGGCUCUCACGCCCAAGCUCAGCUACACUAAUGCCGCAGUGCUGACGGAGCAGCUCUUCCUCCAGCGGGUUCUCUCGCUGGCCCAACCGGCCUCCCGUCAUCUCAUGGCUGCGCUGACCUCAUUCUGUUCCAAGUACGCUCGGCCAGUCUGCUGUGCUUUGCUCACUCCAGCCCUGCGGACCUUGGGGGCAGGCCCUGAGCGGACAAAGCUAGUGUGCGAGCUGAUAGAGGACAGCCUGGAGCCAGAGUACGUGAGGCUGGUACUCAGCCAGGUUCUUGAGAUGCCAUGGUCAGAGGAGCUUAUCACUGUUGUGCAGACAUUGCUGGGAAGGCAGGUGGAGCUGGCCCCUGAGCUCUUUAACCUCCUGGUCCUGAAACUAUGCCGGCUGGCCCAGGAAUUUGCCAAGUCAAUGAAUUACACCAAGCUGAUGAUGGCUGUGCUGACCAUAUACAGCAGCAACAUUACUGCAGCCCAUCGGAGACAUUUGUCUGGUGCUCUGGAUCUCAACCACACAGCUCUCCGGAAAUCUCUGCAGGUUGCCCUGGAACAAAUGGCUCCCAGGUGAAAUAACAAGUCCGUCCCCUACGUUCCACGGGAAUGGGAGAGCUUCAUGGUCACCUGCCCCAGCCGGGAACACCACAGGUUGCCCGGGAGGGCAUGUGAGAAGACAGUUCUGAGCUCUUGCAUUCCUAGUGUCGGUGUGAUGGAAACGGGUGGAGAUACCCUGAGAUGCUGACAUACGCGGGAGUGGAAACUGCACUGACGUCUUGCUUUAGCUAUUACUCCAUGUACUCCAGCCACCAAGGGUCUGUGUAUGGCCCUUCAUACCACCAGUGACUGUGAUGAGCCCCCUCUGGCACAGGAGAAGGACGGCUUCCAGAGCUAGAGUUAGAGCCAGCGUAAUGGGGCCUUGGAGAACAGGUCGUGCCAAGUAACGUCAGACUGAUGCCUGCAGAAUAUUCCUGAAACAGAGACAUCUGUUGAGUGACUGUAACGGCCAAACCUGGAUGCCCCUUCAACUAAAGAUUCUGUGUAUGGAAAAUCCCACAGCUAAGGAAGAUCUAAAAUUCUAGGAGAACUCCCAGCGUAACUCUCCUUAUUAAUACUCCACCUGCUCCAGGUACCCCUGCGUUCCCACUUGGGCUGUUUUCUUGCAUAAAAACCGUUCAGAUAUGGGGGUUCACUCUGUAUUUUUGGAUCUCCCAACGUGGAGGAUUUUCCUGGCUAAGCUAGCUCAGAGUUGAGCGAACAUCCUUUCUUUAGACCUAGUGAAACUAGUUUGGAUUAAAUAACUUCCUCUCCCUCAGAAUGUGAACUGGACCUUCCUUGAGGUUCAAAGAUGACUCGGCCUUUUCACUUUCCUUCCUGUGACUGCCUCCACAUUCUCCUUGGAAGUGCCAAAAUAUCUGAUGAGGCCGGACUACAAGCAAGUGGCACUAAGUCUCUUCUCAUGAAACUUGCAGCCCAGUUUUGAAGGCAGAUGGUUUUGGUAAGCUUGUGAUCUCUGGGGUGUUUGUGACCUGGAGAUGUUAUUAGUUAUCCCAUAAGUACAGUUUAUAAAGUGAGGAAUUAAAUGCUCGGGGCCGGUGUUCUGAAGUGUCCAUUCCCCCACCGCCCUCCGGAAAGGACUUUAACCUGUGUUAUCUCGGUAAAGGAGACACCUUGCCUCUGCGUGUCUUCGGGGUUCCAUCUUGUCCCAUGGGCUCACCUUUGGGUUCAUUAAACAUCCCAAGUGCUAUUAAUUGCUCACAAAAGCGUUUGUACCUAUUGUGUCUGUCUAAAACCUGAAGGAAAAUACAUUUGUAUUCUUUCUACUUGGGUGUAUUGUCAUUUUUCCUUUGUCAGAGCAGUACAAUAAAACAGAUCAUUUCAUAACC